AUGCUUCCGCAUUACCGUCCCGAUGCCAUCAAUAAUGAAGCCGGGCGGGAAAAAACAAAACGGGGCACCUCUCCCGGCGAGGCGCCCGCCGACACUACAGCCUCCUCGUCAAAGAUCAGAAUUGCAUAUCUGGGUUGCGUUAAUGAGAGGGGGUGGGCUCGUGGGGGGUCGAAAAAGUGGCACCGCUCGCGCGCGAAUAUAAAUUCAUCGCCAAAAAAUCAUUACGCGGGGGGUGGUAUUACGGCCCUCUGCGCGAGUUCGUUCGUA